GUCGCUAGGGCUUGAAUAAUCACAAUCGAAACAGACUUCAACGAGAUACCUCAUAAGCGCUUCAUCUUGUGAUAUAGAAUUUUUAAAAGUGACUUGGCCUAGGUUUUGUAAAUAAAGUAACAUAAAUAGAUAAUCUCGAAGCCAGAUAAGAAUUUUAUCUUUUUUAAUCAUAUCAAAAAGUCUGAUGGAAUAGAAUUGAAAUCUUUAUUUUGCUUCAUAGUUUUAAGUGUUUAGAUGCUGUCUAAAGGCGUACAGCGAGCGUUUUGUUUUAUGUGAACUUGUUGAAUAAAAAGUGAAAUUUGAAUAUACAAAUAAAAAUAAAAACCCAUUGCUUGAAAAUGCAAUCAAAUCCAGAUUUGUGUCUAGAGUGGAAAAAUAUAAAUUUUUCAGUGCCAACCAACGAGGGGAAUAAUUUUAAAUUUUGGCACUCCUGCCAAGAGCAAAAGGAGAUCAAUAUCCUGCACGAUGUAAGUGGAGGCAUGAAGACGGGAGACUUAGUGGCUAUUCUGGGUAGUAGUGGCGCUGGUAAAACUACCCUUUUGGCUGCUAUUUCACAACGUCUGCGUGGUAGCUUGACCGGGGACAUUGUUCUCAAUGGUGUGGCAAUUGAUAGGAAGGAAAUGACUCGUCUCUCCAGCUUUCUGCCGCAAUUUGAAAUAAGCGUUCGCACUUUUAGCGCUUUCGAGCACCUGUACUUUAUGUCUCACUUCAAAAUGCAUCGGAAAACAACCAAGGUUCAGAAGCUACAGAGAGUCAAUGAUGUUUUGAGAACGGUUGGUUUGACUGGAUCUGCUAAUGUGAGAAUACAAAAUUUAUCUGGAGGUGAACGAAAACGCCUGAGUUUGGCUGAAGAGCUUAUUACAAACCCGCCUUUUCUAUUCUGUGAUGAACCAACCACAGGAUUGGACAGUUUUAGUGCCUUGAGUGUCGUUAAGACCCUUCGUCAACUUUGUAAAAGACAACGCCAAGGACACCAGAGUAGUUCAAGAUCAUCCUCCAGUAAUAGUACCAUCAUUCAAGAAGACUUCAGUUCGUCUAUUGAAAUGGAAGUCAUUAACCCCUCGUACGAUAGUGCCACCGAUAUCUCGCUGGGCGAGACUUUUAGAAAAAGUGUGAUAUGUUCCAUACAUCAGCCUACAUCGGAUAUCUAUGAAUUGUUCACCCACGUUAUUAUCAUGGAUGCCGGUCGUGUUAUCUACCAAGGGACUACAGAUGACGCUCAGAAGUUUUUUAAAAAAUUAGGCUUCCACUUCCCUCAGAACUGCAAUCCUGCGGAUUUUUAUUUAAAAACCAUUUCCGAUAGCCACAGUACAAAUUCAAAUAAUGGAACCGCUGUCAAGCUAAGAUUUGAUUCUGAAGAUUCUGGUCUGUACUCUGACAGCUGGCUGCUACAAAAACCUUAUAGCAAACAUUAUCUACAGAGGAUCAAUAAUUUCAAAAAGAUCUCAUGGUUCUAUCAGGUCUAUCUCUUAAUAUUGCGUUUUGGCACCGAAGAGACUCGAAAUAUAAAAGAAGGAUUGACAAGCUUGGCAUUUUAUAUGAUAACAUCAGUAACCUUAUCAGUCAUGUAUUCCGGAGUGGCGGGACUUAAUCAGCUCUCAGUGCAAGACAUCACUGGAUCGAUAUACAUUUUUACCACCGAGGUCAUAUUCACAGCAUCGUACGGAGUGAUGUUUUAUUUCCCAUCAUCAUUGCCAAUCAUUCGACGUGAAGUUGGGGAAGGGACCUACAGCUUGUCCGCCUUCUAUGUAGCCACAACACUUUCAAUAAUCCCGACGGCUUUCUUCAAAAGCUACUUGUUCUUUGGUUUAAUCUAUGCAUCCGUCCAGUAUACCAGAGGUUGGGCAACAUUUAUCACUAUGGGCUUCGUUUUGAGUCUCGCAGGAAUAGCGGGCACAGCUUAUGGAUUUUUCAUAUCAAGUAUUUUCGAAAAGGACAAACUCGCUUCGGAAAUGGCUGCUCCUUUUGAUUUGCUGUUCCUAAUUUUUGGCGGGGCCUAUUACAAUGUUGAUUCACUGCCAUUCUUCAAGUACUUAUCAUUGUUUUUCUAUUCCAACGAAGCUCUUAUGUACAAUUAUUGGGUUGGUGUUGAAGGCAUUGAAUGUUCGCAAAAUUUGAAUCAUCCCUGUGUCCGAACUGGUAUCGAAGUACUUCAGCAAAAUUCAUUUAGAAGUCAAAACUACACUUUUUUGUUUGAUUGUUCAGCACUUGUUGUUCUGGCUGGUAUUUUUCAUUUAAUGGCGUAUUGUUUUAUAAGAAAAUAUGUAAAUAGAACAGGUUACUAUUAAGAAAAAAAUAUUUUUAUACAACUUACUAAAUUAAUAAAAAGGCGUUCCAAUACAAGUAUUUUCAAUAAUCCUUUUUUGUUUUGUAUC